UAAGGCUUGACGUGUGUUCGUCCUUGUUUAACUCGCGAUAGUUCAAUAUCUUUCAUCUUCUUCCAACACUUGUUUUGAUGUUCGACUUCUUGACAUAUCAAAUCAAGCGCACCAUCCAGGUUGAGAACGAAUGUAAACAUUUGGGAAAAUUUUCUAUCCAGGGGAAAAUGUACUGCGAAGAUGUAGAGACCGAGGUUCAAAGACCAUGUUUGAGUGAACUAGAUAGUGCCCUAAACGAGCUAGGAAUGCUGGCCAACAGUGUCAAGUCCAGGGAGGAGUAUUUGUCGGAAAUCCAGAACAAAAAGUACCCAAACAUGGUGAUGAUAAACACUAGGUACGUCAGCAAUGUGUCUAUCGGUUGCAGAGCCAAGCCGGUAGCUUCCCACGUUAGGUACAAACCGUACAAGCUGCCAAAGGAGAGGCACCGGACCAGAUCUGAGAAUAACGACAAAGAGACUGUAGAUAUAGUUAAGACCGUGAUCGAUGACUGUUUAGAUAGCUCGUUAGAUGAGAUAAGGUAUUUGAAGAAAGCCAAGUCAUUAGAAAGUAUUAUUGCGGAGACCGCUCAGGCAUCGGAUUGCGGAUUAAGUAAACCAUCCGAGGUAGAGGUCGUUUCUAAGUCUAUACAGAACUUAAGGGUCAAAGAGUAGUGUUCGUAUUCGUAGGUUUUUAAAUUUAGCAAUGUCCAUCUGUCGGUGGCUUUACUCGUCAUCUAUGUAAAAGAUUUUUUUGAGUUAAGGCAGCGUGAGACACUCGCUCUUAAGACUGUAUUAGUACGCACACGGAAUGGAAAAAAACGUCUCAAAUCUGGUUCAUUUAAUUUCUCUUUUAAUGUAGGAGACCUUAGAGAACUAUAUGAAGAGUGGAUUAUUACGUAAAUCUUAUAUAGCAACUUUUUAUUUUCCAUUAUGAAGAACUAGUCACUUGGACGAGAAAAUAACUGUUUUUAAAUUUAAAGUGAAUAAGUGUCGGGAGUUUGUUAAAAAUUGGCACGAUUUCAAUGUUUUGAAAAACUAUCCGUUAAUAAAAACGGAAUGUAGUCUAGGAAAAUAAUUUUCCUAUUAAAAGUACAAUCAUAAUUUUAAAAAAUAAGAAAUCAAGAUGUAUGUCAAUAGUUUCUUUGAUUUCUGUCUAUAAUUUUGGAAAAACACAUUUUUGUAUUUUUGAUAAAUUCAUAAUUUCGGAUUUUGCCACUACUUUUUGCAUAAUUACUACGGUUCUUUGUUUCAUAAUGAAAUAAUUAUUAACCACUUUAGAUUAUAAUCAUUACAUUUGUAAUGGGUAUUAAGCGACAAUAGAGUUUAGACGGUUGAAAUGUCCCGUCAGGAAAAUUAAAUUUGAACCAAAAUUGACUGAAAAUAUACCUAAUAUUGUAUUAUCUGAUUAAAUCUUUGUAGAUACAAAAUUAAUUUUUCCAUUGUUACCUAUAUUGUAUGUUUUUUAUUUAUAGCUGAUAGAAUUUCUACUCGCAAAGUUUUUAACAUGGUUAAACAAUAUAUGUAUACUGAAAA